AGUCUCUCACUCUCUUGUACUACGUCUUUCAUUUCAUACCAAUUUUAGAAACCCUAGAAAGACGAAACAGAGAUAGUUAGGGUUUCAGAUUUCCGACUUGCCGGAAAAUGAAUCGCGAGACGUCGAGAAAGAAGCUUGCACUGGUGGAUUGGUCGGAGCUCCCGAAAGAAUUGCUGGAAAAAAUCUCCGGCGGGCUUAUCGGACUUUCCGGCCCCGAUUACUUAACAUUCCGAAAAGUUUGCAGAAAAUGGCGUGAUUCUUGCCCUCCUCCGACCAACCUCUUUUUUCCUGGUUUCCCUCUCGAAAUUCCAACUUACUUAGGUCGAGAGGUAGUUCUAUUUCCGAGCUUCAUCUACGUUCUUAGACUCCCUCUGCACAAAUGCAAUCCCACCACCACUAGUUGGAUUGUCCAAGUCGACGAGUUCAAUCCUGGUAAGCUCCAAGUUCGCAAUCCUGUUACUAAUAAUCGCCUCUAUGUUGAUAAUUUCCCCGAAACCCUAAAUUUCAAUGAUUACUCAUCGCUGCCCUAUGCAAUUAGUUACAAUCUCCGUCUCUCUACCGGUAACGAUGAUGUUUUUGAUUCCCGAUGUUACCCUUGGCGGGAUUAUCCGGUAAAGACCAAAUCCAUUUUAUUAGAAUGUGGUAUGGUGGUAGUGUUGUCGCUUGGUCAAGUAGGGAUGUUAGGAAUUUUGAAGGUUAAUGGGGAUUGGAAGUUCACAGAUUUUGGCUAUAAUGGGCGCUUCGACGAUAUUGAGGUGUUCAAGGAGCAUAUUUGUGUGUUAACUCGUUUUGGGAAAUCUUUCCUUAUUAAUGGUGCUGAUGGGAAAUUGAUUAGCUUGAUAAGUAAACCGCUUUCAAAGAGUUAUGUUGGUGAUAGGCGCAAACUUUUGACUGCAUAUGGUGACGAUUUGUACAUGAUUGCUCGAGGGGAAUGCGAAUUUAAGGUGUUUAAGUUGAAUGGAAAGUUGCAACAGUGGGAAAGAGUAAAUAGUUUGGGAGAUAAGAUAUUGUUUGUGUCUUAUGAUAAGUGUUUCUUACUUGAUGCGGAUUAUCUACCAGUAUUUGAAAGGAAUUGUAUUCUGUUCCCUAAGAAUUGUUUUCCUAAUAAUUCUGGAGAUUACUCUGUUGAUGGGGAAUUGUUUCAAGGAGCAACUCGGCACCUGGAGAUUGGUGUGUUCUUUUUGGGUCAGAAAUUUUGUCAGCCAAUAUCAUCUUACCCGCGAUUGUCUAAAUUGUUUUGGCCAAUUCCUUCUUGGAUCAUGUCAGAUUCGUGCUCAUCAUUGGGCUCAGAUAGGUUUUCCGAGGAGGAUGAAGAAAUGGAAACCUCUAGCUAUAGUGGUUCAGAAUCUAGCUUAAAGGAACAAAGUUCAAAUGCUGUUUCGCAUCAUGGAAAGAACAUACACCCUUCAUCCUCAGACCAAAUAGACACAUUUCUAGAAGACGUCUCAAGUGAGAAUAAUGGUACAUCAAUUCCAGCUAUAGAUUCUCCUCUCCAGAUUACUCAGGAUAACUCUUUACUAGAGAAAUUCCAAGGGGCAGAUGUGAGCUCCAAUUUAGUCCCAGUUCGCAGUAAUGACCUUCUGACGUGGGCCUUGGAAUCACUUGCAAAGAUGGUAAUUAUUCUUCAAAAAAAUACCGGGGAGUCCUUGGAUGACUCCCAAGCUGAGUACCUGAAGUUGUCCCUGGUUGAUCUUCAAACGCUGCAUUUCAGAUUAGAUUGGAUGGUUCCCUUUGUCGAAAGGGCUUUGGCAAUUCACAAAAGCAAGUGUCAGAAAAUUAUUGUGACAGACCUUGAGAAAAGAAAGUCCAAGCUCCUUGCAGAAUUACAUGAACUAGAACAAAUGGAAAAGACUCUGGCUGGUAGCUUAAUAAUAUCCACUGCACCACCAAUCUUAAAGAAAGGCUUAGCUGAAGGACUUUUCUGAGUUAUCAGCUUUACCAGAUUCAUGGAAAAAGCAGCAGGUCACAAGAUCUGCCCUGAAUCCCCUGUUAUAUCAGUUUAACAUUUUGGAAGAAUAUGACAACCAGAAACAUUUUGGAAGAAUAUAUUACGAGAAACAUUUUGGUUCAGAAGCUGGAAUUAUUAUUAAUAUUUAUUAUCAGUUCUGUCUUCUGUAUGUGCUUAGUGGCCGAAACACCACGUAUGUUUUCAGCUGUAGGCCAGUUAAGUAGAGCCAUGAAGACCCUUUUGUAUUCUGUAGAAGUAUAUAAGUACUGUAAGACUGUAAAUGGACUAAAGGACAGGUAGGUCUGAUGUUCAAUUAUUCGUUGUAAUAGCUAUUGCUAUAUGAUUGUCUCACUCUUGAAUUAUUUAUAGUAAUCAUGCCAUGUAGUAAUUCCUUUUCAA